CGAAUCUUGAAUGUGGUCACUUAGCACUGCAGCAACGACGACAUCCUGCACAUCCGUUCUCAGCCGACGUAUCAGGAAUCGACCUCGACUUUGGGAAUGGCCGUCUCGCACUCCACGAGGAGAGAAGCCGUGUGUGUGGGCUCUAGUUGGCGCAAGCGCCGUGAUUCCUUGGCGCCCCCACCCCAAGUCAACUCUACAGCCGCGGUAACUUGAGGCGUGAAAGCAAUCGACACGAGGGGCAUUCCACCGUGACCUAUCGUUGAUAUAGACGCCGAGCUACUGCCGCUGUGGCAUUCCGAUCCACCCAGGGCAGACGACACAAGGGUCAAUCCACCCCUCAUUGGUACCACCCACAACUCGGCGUUAAUCCUCAAUCAUUACGCUUUCAUGCACUGGGUGACGGACAACCGCUUCCCUCCUCUGUCCACGAUGCGAGGGCGUGUGUGCUGGAGAGAACACAGCAUCGAGAGCACCGGGGCUAUCCUUGGGCUGUCUACUCAAAUGGCGCAGAGUAUAAAGGUCAUUAAGAUUCUCAGGCUCUGGCAACACGCCUGCUGCCGAUAUACGCGCUGCCUGUCGUGGAAUGGCAGCUAUUCUCAAGACAUCAAGCGCCGGCCGAGGAUGGUGCCCCUCAAUCUUCAUGCGCACCCCGCCGAGAUCCCACUUUUGGUCCUCACGAUUCGCUGGUUGCCGACGAUGCAUCGACCUUCUACGCCUCUCUGCAUUGUCUGAUCCUUCGCAAAUCCCAUCUGCAGCCACUCCAAUGAUCCUAUCACAAGCCCUUUUGCGCCGGCCUUCCGGAAUGGAUGUCGAUCGCUUUUUGCUCCGAGGAAGCGAUUCCAAGUGUUUCUGUCUGAGAUUGCUGCAGAUACACUCUUUCCCUGCAUCGAUGGAUGGUUCUUCGUGACUGUUGUUCUGCCUCUUCAGCCCCCACGUGUACAGAUCGUCAUGUCUCGCCUGAACAUGCCCUAGCUGUAGAACAGAAUCGCGCAACUGGAUCUCUCAAAAC